AUGCUCAAUGAUGAAGUUAUUAGGCAAGCUGCUCACCAACAACAGUCCUCCUCUGUCUUAGUUACAACUUCCAACCCAAAUUCCACGACCCAAACCCAACAGCCCUCUCAUGCGGCUCCCUCCACUGAUAACUCAGCUGCUGCCAACAACAGCUCCUACCAAUCCAAUUCUCGAGGACGUGGCAGGGGCUACAGGGGAAACCACGGACGGGGUGGACAUGGUCGUGGCUACAGGGGAAACCCUACAGGACCUCCUUGGCAGUUUCAGAACCAUCACAGUUAUCCACAAUGGGCCUGGUGGAAUACUCCACCUUGCCCAUAUCCGACUACAGCCACAGGGCGGCCCAAUCCACCCCAGCCCAAUGUUGCAUCCCACUACACAACUUAUUCAGGGCAGCCCUCUUACGGUCCAGUGCCACUUACAUUCGGUUAUGAUGCAUUAAGUCCAUCGGAUCUCCACCAAGCCUUCAACACUAUGCAACUAAAUUACACAGAGCCGUAUCCGGUUAUGGACACAGGGGCUGAACGUCAUGCUACCGAAAACCGAGGUAUGAUUCAACUUCCUAAUCCUUUUCCUAUAACUACUAAACUGUUAGUCGGCAACGGGAAAUGUUUACCAAUUGAGGGUUCGGGUACAGGUUACCUUCCCAUGCAUAACCGAACUUAUAUUCUACCCAAUAUACUUUAUAGCCCCCAAAUCAUUUGA